ACUUGUCGGGGUCAGAGCACCUCGCAGCUACGUUCAGGUGUUCUUUCCCCAAUCUAUAAGAGGGUGAUGAUGCUAUACAAGGCGUGCUGCUUGUAUCUACUCCAAGGUCUCCUUCUCCGAGAAGAGGCUCCUUCUGUUUAUUCCCAUCACAAUGGCUGCCCUGCAGAUGAGAAGAUGUAUUGCUUUUUCGGUUGUGGUGGUCUUCAUAGUCCAGACUCAUACCUUAGAAGAAGAUGAAGGGCCAUGUAUUCUGAGUCCACAGCAAUGUGGCAUGAAGGAUGAUGAUUUCCACGUCAUAUUCAACACAUGCCAAGGGUCUAAGCAACACCUUAUUUUUCAAUCUCUUGUAACUCUUAUACAUUUGUGGAAACAAGUUAUAUUCUCUUAUAUCUUUCUUGCCAUUGGGUGCAAUUAGGAUCUUCAUCUUGGAUCUAAUUAGCACAUAUUAAUAUAGGCCAUAUGAGGGCCACACCCGCUACAUACAAACAACUGAUUGUGCGUCAAAGCACGCCUUCACUCAAACCCAGCUGCUAAGUCGAGCUCGUCCGCGAGGCAGAGUAGAGCGUAGUCGAGAGGCUUCGAGUGGCGCGGGGCUGCUGCGGCCAUCGCUGUCUCCCGCAUUGCUGCCGCUUGUAACUCUUUGAGUAGUGGCAAAAGUGCGCUUGGGUAGUAGCAAAAGCGGGCAUGGGCAUAGUAAUUAGCGGGCGGGUGUGGCCGUAGC